CUUGCUGGAAUGACUAAGCAGGAAGCCACAGCUAUCUGGAUUUCAUGAUAGGUCUGCUCUGCUCUUCUGUAUCUGAUGCUAAGAGGAUACACACCCUUCUUAAGAAUUCCUUUUCUAGAAUUUCUUCUAGACUCCUUUCUGGAAAAGUUUCUCAGAGCUCCAGAGCAGAGCAGGAGUCUGGCCCCAAGGAGCCAGGAUGCAGGCAGGAGCUGAGGGAUGAAGAGAGAGGUAAAGUCUAAGAAGUGUUCUUUGUGGCUAAUGUACUUCCUCAGCCUCAAGCCUGUCUGCCCAGAGGAAGCGAUAGGUUUCGUGGUUUGGCAUCUUGACUCCUUGCUUCUGUUUUGCUCCACUCCAUUCAUAAUGCUGCUACCAACAAGUUAGUACCAGGGAGGACCUCCACGCCUGGAACCACUGCCUUCUGAAAAGGUGGUCAGUGCCCGUUGAAAUUGCAUCUGUUGAAGCCUGCCUGUCACGGAGAAGGCUCCCUGGAGGAGUUUCAGGGCUUUUCCAAGUGUGGUCCAGGGACUGCCCUGCGUCACAGAAGACAAGCAAUGCUAUGCAUGUAGACUUCUAGGCCCUACCAGAGACCUGUGGAAAUGGGAACUGGGGGCAUCUGAGAGCUCAGGAGUCUGCCCUUUGAACCCCAUUCGUGAGUAAUUCUUGUGCCACAGCCCUUGGAGUUCUUUCAGGGCAUUUGCUGAGAGUAUUCACUCUCUUUCUUUGCGGUCUUGAAAAGGGACUUGAGACAGCCGGGUCCCAUGUAAAUGCAUCUUCUUCAAGUAGCCUACAGAUGUGACCAUCUCUACCCUAGGGGAGACAGCCCUGCUGAGUUGUGCUGGUUGCUGCUGUGUUGACAGGCCCCCGCUCUGAGAUGAAAGCCAUGCCCUGGAACUGGACUUGCUUGUUGUCCCACCUGCUGGUGGUGGGGAUGGGCUCCUCUACUCUGCUUUCAAGGCAGCCACCACAGCUGUCUCAGAAGCGCUCUUUUGUCACUUUCCGAGGGGAGCCCACCGAGGGCUUCAAUCACCUUGUGGUGGAUGAGAGGACAGGACACAUUUACUUGGGGGCUGUCAACAGGAUCUACAAACUCUCUAGUGACCUCAAAGUCUUGGUGACUCAUCAGACAGGGCCAGACGAGGACAACCCCAAGUGUUACCCACCUCGUAUUGUUCAGACCUGCAAUGAGCCCCUGGCCAGCACCAAUAAUGUCAACAAGAUGCUACUUAUAGACUACAAAGAAAAUAGGCUGAUUGCAUGUGGAAGCUUGUACCAGGGUAUCUGCAAGCUCCUCAGGCUAGAGGACCUCUUCAAGUUGGGAGAGCCCUUCCACAAGAAAGAACAUUACCUCUCAGGGGUUAAUGAGAGUGGCUCUGUUUUUGGGGUGAUCGUCUCCUAUAGCAAUUUGGAUGAUAAACUCUUUAUUGCCACUGCGGUGGAUGGCAAGCCUGAAUAUUUUCCUACCAUCUCUAGCCGGAAGCUGACUAAGAACUCUGAGGCAGAUGGCAUGUUUGCUUAUGUUUUCCAUGAUGAAUUUGUGGCCUCUAUGAUCAAGAUCCCUUCAGACACCUUCACAGUUAUCCCUGACUUUGACAUCUACUAUGUCUAUGGCUUCAGCAGUGGCAACUUUGUCUACUUUUUGACCCUUCAGCCAGAGAUGGUGUCUCCCCCAGGCUCCACAACAAAGGAGCAGGUGUACACGUCAAAGCUUGUGAGGCUUUGCAAAGAGGACACAGCCUUCAACUCCUACGUGGAGGUGCCCAUUGGCUGUGAGCGCAAUGGGGUGGAAUAUCGCUUGCUCCAGGCUGCCUACCUAUCUAAAGCUGGUGCUGUGCUGGGCCGGACCCUGGGAGUCCGUCCAGAUGCUGACCUCCUCUUCACUGUCUUCUCCAAGGGCCAGAAGCGGAAGAUGAAAUCUCUGGAUGAGUCUGCCCUGUGCAUCUUCAUCUUGAAACAGAUCAAUGACCGUAUUAAGGAGCGCCUACAGUCCUGUUACCGAGGUGAGGGAACACUGGACCUGGCCUGGCUCAAGGUGAAGGACAUCCCUUGCAGCAGUGCGCUCCUAACUAUUGAUGACAACUUCUGUGGCCUGGAUAUGAAUGCCCCUCUGGGAGUGUCUGAAAUGGUACGUGGCAUUCCCGUCUUCACAGAGGACAGGGACCGCAUGACUUCCGUCAUCGCCUAUGUCUACAAGAACCACUCUCUGGCCUUCGUGGGCACAAAAAGUGGCAAGCUAAAGAAGAUCCGGGUGGAUGGGCCCAAGGGGAAUGCCCUCCAGUAUGAGACUGUGCAGGUGGUAGACCCAGGCCCAGUUCUCCGGGACAUGGCCUUUUCCAAGGACCAUGAGCAACUCUACAUCAUGUCAGAAAGGCAGGUAAGGCUGUUGAGCUCUGCUCAACAUUUGUCUUGCAACUAAAUGCUAGCCUGUGGCUCCGUAGAAACCUACAGGAUGCCAGCUGCAGAGAGGUGAUUUGAUUUAUUUAGCUCAGUGUGUUUCCUUUCAGUUGUGCUGCCUGGGGACCAGGGCUGGGUCUGUUGUAACAGGAAUGGAACAUUUGAAAUAUGAAAAUAUCCAUGAGUCUAGGACAAAUCCACUGGAUUCAAAAUGAUGGUGUGGAUAGGCUCAAAACCAACAUUUACUACCUUGAAGAAGAACUCUUAAAUGUAGAACCCCAAGUUCCUGGUCAGAUUCCCCUACACAAAGGAUAACCACCUAUCAAAGUCACCUUUCAGGUCCCAAGAGAUCUGUGUGAUAGCAAAGAUUUAUUGCUGUAAGAAACCUAGGUAAGUGAGCAUCAUAGACGAACCCGAUGGAUGAAGGUUUGCAAAACAGUGCAGUGAAAUGAGAUGACCCAUCCUGUGGUCUGAGCACUCCCAUGUACCUCCAACCCAGUGGAACCUCCAGAAGAGUACGUGAUAACCAAUCUGUGAACAGAUAAGGCACAGGGAUGACUGUUGGCUGAAACUAAGCAGGACUUAGCAAUGUUAGAUUUGGUUCUGGAGCUUAGCCAAGUGCUAAGUAAGCUAUUCAGGGGUCCUCAGUGCAGACCAGAGACAAUUGCAUAUAAUUAAAGGUGUUUCGUUGUCCUUUAACUCACUGCCCAGAGUGUUAGAUUCCAC